AUGUCGUUCGAUGGCACGCAGCCGGCCGUGGACAGCGUCGAUCAGAUCCGCUGCCACAGUGACCCAGCCUGGAGGAAGGGCAUUCACUUGUAUGUGGAGCCCCGGGAGUUUACAAUCACUCCCAGCCAAGGGACCAUCCUGCCCCAGGGACACCAGGACAUCCAGGUGACCCUGUGUUCCAACUCGGUGAUGGAGUUUUAUAGGAAAAUGCUGGUGGAUCUGGAGGGUUUUGGCAAGGGAGUGGCAUCACUGGUCAUCACAGCCAGAUGUCUCGUUCCAAAGCUGCAAGUGUCCCCCCACGUGCUGCAAUAUGAUGAGUGCCUCCUGAAGGUGCCAUAUGAGAAGAAGUUCAUCAUUAGGAAUCCCAGCCACCUGCCUGGCUGCUACGGGCUCAUUGAACAGAAACGCAAGGAGGACGCUGCUGUGCUCUACUCCAGCCCCAGGCCCUGUGGGAUUGUCCAGCCUCACAGCACUGCAGAGAUCCCAGUGCUGGUGGAAGUGCAGGCGCUGGGCGCGCAUCGCACCAAUGUUCUCAUCGGCGUGUUCGGGGAUGAGAGAAACCCACUGAGAUGA